AUGUUUGUGCGUAAAGUACAAGCAACAGCGAUAUUAUUAAUACUAGUCGUACUAGUCAAAGCUUCUACGGCGGGUUUUGUUAUUACCGAUAAUGUUGCAAAAAAUUCUGCAGAUAUAUCAACCGAAAUAGCCACCGAUAGUGGUUACCCUAUACAUAAAGUAUCGAUGGUUAUUAGUGGAUUGCUUGUCCCAAUAGAUUACCUACGCCUUCACUGGGUUGACUGGACGCAACAGUCAAAAUGGUACGAAGACAUCAACACCGACGGUCAUGAUGGGACAGUGGAAUAUACAUCCCCAUCCUGGGCAGCAGGAUACUACUACGAAAUAUCCUCGUCUUAUGGGAAAGGAAUCUUGGACACUGUACUUUGGUGGGAUGGUUGGGUAGAUGGAACAUUUUGCAAUGAUCUUCAUCUUUAUACAAAGGAUGUUGUCAAAUACAGGGUCAACUAUAAGUGGGAAGUAGUCUAUGAACAAGAUUGUCGUUAUCCACUAUAG